AUGGUUGGAGUUUGGAGACUCGACGAACUCGCUACCGUGCGUGUACCCAGCCCCACGAACGGUAAAAUCGACCAAGCUUCUCGUGAGCCGACCACCCUCAUCAACACCGUCAAGUCCACCGUCGCGAGAUGUCCGAACGAUAAAGCUCUCAGCAUCAAGAAGGACGGCGAGUGGGUCUCCCACACCUGGCAACAGUACUACGACACCAGUCACCAAUUCGCACGAGCCCUUAUUCAAGUAGGCGUCCAGCCUCAUGAGGCCGUCAAUGUGCUGGGCGAGAACUGUCCCGAAUGGCUUUUGACCUACAUGGGUACAGUUCUGGCCGGCGCCGUGAUUGCCGGCAUCUACGGCACUAGCAACGCCGAGGCAUGUCAGCACAUCUCAUCGCACUGCGAAGCCAAGGUAGUGGUGGUGUCGGCCAAGGCUCUAGUGGUGUGGAGCGACAAUGACGCACCCAACGACACCAAGUACCGUGUUCCAGUCUACUCGUUCCCCCAGUUUCUCAAACUUGGCGAAUCGGCUGACGUGAGCCUGGUCGAGAAGAGAAUGGAGGCCCAACUGCCUGGCCACUGUUGCUCACUCAUCUACACGUCUGGAACGACGGGUCCACCGAAAGCGGCUAUGAUUUCUCACGACAACUUGACUUGGAUCACCGAGGCAGCUUUGUAUGCCCACCCAGAAGCACGUGCUGCGAAGCGAAGUGUGAGUUUCUUGCCGCUCUCGCACAGUGCCGCUCAACUGCUGGAUAUCCACGUACCUUUGGUCAUCGGUUCUGAAGUGUAUUUUGCCGGUCCAGAUGCGCUUCGUGGAGGGUUGUUGGCGACACUGCAAGAGGUGCGACCACACUACUUCUGUGGCGUCCCUCGCGUAUGGGAGAAAAUGAUGGACGCACUCAAGGAGAAACUUGGUUCAGCCCCUGAAGGACUCAAAAAGUCGGUGCUGACGUGGGCUAUGGAACGAAGUUGGGCCUACUUGGAGCAAACUCAGUAUGGAUCAACUCCGAGUGGCUUUGGUAUCCGGUUCUCCGUUGCCGAUUAUUUGAUCCUCAGCAAGAUUCGACACGCUUUGGGACUGGAUGAGUGCACCACUUUCCUCACUGGUGCCGCUCCUACCUCUCCAGAAGUCAUGCGCUUCUUCGCUUCUCUGAACAUGCCGUUGUACGAGCUCUACGGACAGACUGAGUCCACAGGACCACUCACCUUCAGUAUGCCGAGUGAGAUCCAGUACACUGGGCGCCACGUCUUCAUGGGAUACCUUAACGAUGAAGAGGCUACCAAGAAGACCGUCGAUGAGAAUGGAUGGCUUUACUCGGGAGACAUUGGCGAGCUCGACGAGGACGGGUUCCUCUCCAUUACUGGACGCCUCAAAGAGCUCAUGAAAACAUUCCUCCUGUGCUCAUUGAAAACGAGCCAGUACAUCAGCAACGGCAUGAAGCGUGCCAACAUGAGGGCUGCAUCGCGGGCUCAGCACGUACAGAAGUUCAUCAUCAUCCCGCGUGACUUUAGCAUUGGUGGUAAUGAGUUGACUCCUACGAUGAAAGUCAAGCGCUCUGUGGUGGAGAAGAUGUAUAAGGAAGAGAUUGAGAAGAUGUAUACAUCGUAA